CCAUAUACCCAUGAGGACUACACCAUUGGAUGGGUCUGCGCGUUGCCAAAGGAGCAAUCGGCCGCGAUAUUCAUGCUUGAGGAGAGACAUGAAGAUCUUCCCAACCCAUCCGGCGACCAUAAUGCAUACACGCUCGGAAGCAUCGGCAAGCACAAAGUUGUCAUUGCUGGCCUGCCCAAAGGCAGAGUUGGCAUUCACAGCGCAGCAACAGCGGCAACGCGAAUGGUCUCAACUUUCCCCAACAUUCGAGUUGGCCUCAUGGUAGGAAUCGGUGGAGGUAUUCCGCAAAAGACUCGGCUUGGAGAUGUUGUCAUUAGUUGCCCCAGCGGAACAGAGCCAGGCGUUGUCCAGUGGGAUAUGGGAAAGGCCGAGGCCAAUGGCCAGUUUGAACGGACAGGGUCCCUGGCUCCUCCACCAACGGCCUUGCUCACAGCAUUAACAAAGUUUGAAGCCGAUCAAAUCACAACACGGACCAACAUGCUCAGCUAUCUAAAGAGCCUAGAGAACAUACCGAACAUCCCAAGAAGCUUCCUCAAGUCGGACUCUCUCCAGGAUGUCUUGUACGAGUCAAGUUAUAACCACAAAGAGGGAGACGAUUGUCACCUUUGUGAUAAGAACAGGGUGGUCCAAAGAGGUCCCAGAGAAGACGAUAUGAUGAUCCACUGCGGCUUGAUUGCAUCCGGCAGCAAGGUAAUCAAGGACGCUAUUCUUCGCGACAAGCUCUACAAGCAAUUCAACAACAACAUUCUCUGCAUUGAAAUGGAAGCUGCAGGCCUGAUGAAUGACUUUCCUUGCAUUGUCAUCCGAGGCAUUUGCGAUUACGCAGAUUCGCAUAAAAACGACCAGUGGCAGGGUUACGCAGCAGCAACAGCCGCGGCUUGUGCAAAGGCAUUACUCAAGGUGCUGCCCUCCAGCGAGGUUGAUAAG